AUUGUGUCGUUGGCCACUCUACCCGUCUCUGGUUGCGGUUAUGGUUGCGGUUCCGGCUGCUGAUCCAAGUAUCAUCAAGCAAGAUCAGAGUAUCCGCUUGCGUAUGCCGCAUGAAGGAUGAUGGAUAGGCAUUUUCUUCUCGUCUUUACCAAAUUAACGUGCUGGGCUCGCGGUCGAGAGCCCCCGGCACUUCGGGAGAUACUACCGAGCAAGAACGACAAAAGCCGCCCCGAAACGGGGAAACCAGGACAGAAGUCGCUUGCACAGCCGAGAUUUUGGGGGUGGCUGAGAGAGAAGGAAAAAGGUCCCUUGGUGAACACGAAGAAAUUAAAUCUAUGCACUUUUUACUUUUUUGGCCGUCCGUAGUGGUCAGCGAAUAUGGGCCUCGUUGUGUAUCUGCCAACACAUAUUGAACACAGAGCCAACCACCCGCA